GAAUAAAAAAAUCCGACAUUAUAAAAACUAUUAUACUAAAAACCAAAACAUAUAACUAUAAAAACCACAAAGGAUUUAAAUUUAAUAGAAACGCCGUAGCCUUAAUGGGGGAAAACAAAUUAAUGUGCUCUAAAUUAAAAGGAAUACUCCCGUCCACAAUAAAAAACCACACGUACAAAUCUAAAAUAAACCUAAAAAACACAACUUUUAUAUAAAACCCCACUUUAAUGCUUACCGAAAAAAAUUUACUUAAAAAAAUAGUAGUAUACGCACAUACACGCAGAAAAAAAAAAACUAACUCUAAAUUUUUAACCGAUAUAACUACUUGCCUACACACAAUAACAAGACAACACCCAACCUUUAUAACAAACCAUAAACAUAUAAUACUAGGAGUACAAUCCACGAUUAGAGGUAAAAAUUUGAUUAAUUUUAUACGAAAAUUAAAAUUAUAUACCUUUCCUAAAUUCUACUCUAAUAAAUUCAUAAACCAAAAAAUAUGUUCGUUAGAUAAAAACUACAACUUAAACCUAACUAUUAAAAAUCAAACAUAUUUUUUCGAGUAUCUUGCAACUUCCUUAGUAGAAACCUACUACACCUUUAAUGUAAAAUUUAUUUUUAGAAAUAAAAUACCCUCUGAAAAAAAAAUAUUUUAUCUAACCCAAAAUUUACAACUCUCGCUAUAAAAAAAAAUAAAAUGGUAAAAAUAAUUAACACAAUCAACACCCAUUUCCAUUUAAAACACACUUUAAAGGAAGCAAUAUUAAACCACCUCAACACAUUAAACUAUAUACAAAAAACCAAAACAAUAACAAC